AUGCGGACCCCGACAGCCAUGAUUGUGGGGAUUGUGCUGGGUCCCUGCGGCCUUGUCCUGAACCUGACAAGUACUCUGACUCCCAGCUGGAGGAAUGUAAGCAAUAUACCUCGCCAGCGGUUUGACCUGGUCCAGCACCAGGGCCUCUGGGACAUCUGCAAUGACUUCCAACCCAGCGAGUCACCCCAUUGCAACAUCCAAGACACUGAAGGAUACUUCUCCCAGCUGCCCGUCCAAGCGGCCAAAGGGCUCAUGCCUUCCUCAUUGGCGCUCACUGCCCUGGGGCUACUGGUGGCCUCGCUGGGAGUGCGCUGCUGGAAGGAUAUACCCCAUCCCCUGCUGGCUGGGCUAGGUGGCCUGCUGCUCUUCAUUUCUGGAUUGCUAAGCCUGAUUGCGGUCUCCUGGUACAACCAUGAACUCUACAGUCUGCCUGCCCCGGAGGGCAGCACCCUCCAGGUGAGCUACAGCCUGGUCCUCGGCUACCUAGGCAGCUGCCUGGAAAUUAUUGGGGGCAUCUCUCUUACAUUUAGCUUUGCUCAGUGCUUGAAGGAACCCAAGCGAAAGCAAGCUGCUAUGGAUUACAGCUAUCCACCCCGCAACCAGCCCAGCCCAGCCAAGGUUGCAGCCAUUUCCCGCUCCAUGGAUAGCGGAGACAUCUACGGGAAUUCGGUGUCCUUCGACAAUCCCCUGGACGUUCUGGAAGGCAACGUUUAA